AUGUCCCUCCGCAUCGUCCCCCAAGACGCCCAGUCCUCGACCUACUCCCACAUCCGCCCCUCCCAGAAACCCGCCCCCUCGGCGCCCGGCCUGCACGACACCCUGCGCGCCGGCGUCGGCCCUUCCCCCUCCGCCCCCUCGGACGCCGCAGUGCAGUCGGCGCACCCGCUCGAGGCCCGCCUGCGCGCCUGGGAGGCCACGCAGCACGCCCUGCGCAUGGAGUCCCUGCGCCGCACGUUCGGCAUCGCCGAGCCCGUGCGCCGCGGCAUGGAGCUCAAGAUCGCGCGCGAGGGCGAGUGGAAGCCCGCCGCCCUGGGAGGCGGCGCUGGUUCGGGCGGCGGCGUGCACGAGGACGUCCUGCGGGGCCGCGAGGCCGUCAUCGAGUGGGAGGACGUCUUCACGGGCGAGGAGCAGAGGGCUGCUGUGGGCGUGCACGACGAGAUCGAGAGGAAGGUCCGGAUGUGA